CUCUCUCUCUCUCUCUCUCUCUCUCUCUCUCUCUCAAACAUGGCUUCUGAUGAUAACAUGACCAUCCAUUCAUCCAUGCAAGAAGACGACGACGAUGUCGAUUACGACGAAGACGAUCAUCAACACCAUUGCCACAGCAUGUCCCGUCUGUCCAUGUGCAGUAGCAAUAUCAAACACUCUACCUACGGCUACGAUGACAACAGCAACGACGAUGACGACGACGAUGAUGAUGCAGUGAUGCACAUGUCACGCUUAUCAGUUGACGACGGGUCCGAUAUUGAAGCUGACGGUGAAUUAUCCGAUGAGAAAGAGGCGGACGGGUCUGAGGACUCCGAAAAGGAGAGAGGCUGGUCUUCGCUCCCUGUAACGCCCCAAGGGAGUAUCCGAUGGCGGAGCGGACUCUUGGGGGUGAAGAAAUAUGCCAGCGAGGGUGAAGGAAGGCAAGGCCCAUGUCGGCGGCGAGUGUGGGCUAGUGUAAGGAAGGGGGAGAGGAGGGCGGUAAGAGAGAAGUUUCUUGAGAGGGCGUGGGAGAUGAGGAAAUAUAGAGCGAUGGAUGAAGAGAUAGAGAGUGGGGACAGCGAAUGUAUGGUGAUAGCGAAAGCAAAAGGAGGUGGAAGGUGUUUGAGUAUGGACAUGGAGGAAGUGAAGGCUUGUAGAGAUCUUGGAUUCCAACUGCAGAAUGAUUGGACGUUGGAGAUUCCUUGUAGGAUCUCAGGUUCUACUAUUGAUACUGAUAGCGGUGGCAAUUCUCCCAUUACUAAUUGGAUAAUCUCCAGCCCUGGUGAUGACCCAAGAGACGUGAAGGCUAGGCUCAAGGUAUGGGCACAAGCGGUGGCACUCGCUUCAGCCAAUCGCCUCAAUAGCUGAUUAGUUUUGUAUUGCAAAUGUUUCGGGUUUCGAAUUUUCGUGGGGGACUGAAUCCUCUUCAACCCUGUUUAAAACAUCUAAGUCUUAGGGCCCACAAUGUUGUAUAUGUAAAAAUCCAUGCUGCAUCGGUUUCUAUCCUCAAUGUUGGGCCUUAAUGCCACAAAUCAUCUAGAUCCCCAGCUCAUGAGGGCCACACCACAUUGAAUGAUGUAGAUGGGAUGCUAACCAUAGGUUUAUCUAUGAGGUCACCAUGUUGUAUACCUUUCUACCCAUUAUCAAGUGUAAGAAGCCAAGAUAAAGAGAAGAUACAAAGUCAACCUGAUAAAAAAAAACUCAGUGAGGCUGCAGUGUGUGAACUUAGCAGUUUUGGGAGCAAUUUUACAUUGUUCCCAGUGGUGUGGCCCAUAUGAGAUUUUUAUGGGCUCAUCUUGUAUAUGUGUACAGUACAAAUAAUGGUGGUUUUCACCUUAUGAAUGGACUGGACUUUUGCAUAGACAA